UCUUCUCGUGGUAGACUCCACAUCUUCAACUAUCGUAUUUCAUCCCACCACUCUCCUCCGACUAAUGAAUAUCACUCCUUCGCAUCUCAGUUCCACUCAUAUCGACGUUCUUCACUGCACUGCGUGGGGAAAUAGAAAGAAAAAACACGAAUUCUGAAGAUGUUUUUCCAGAAUGUAUUAGUAGACGAACGCCCUUCGAAUCUUUUUGGUUAUUUGUAUCGAUGUGAUACGAAGAUUGUGUUAUCAAGUGCAUAAUUACAGCUGGAGAUUAAUACGAACUUUAGAGGAUCCACGACAAGCUCGAGUACAACUUUCACUACCUUGGAUCUUGCGUCUUUUGAUUGAUUAUACGUUAUCUUUUGUAUCGGUAUUUGACUAAUACAUUAUUGAAUAACAAUUUGCAUCUGAAAGUGUAAUCAGAUUUAUAUUUUUUUUAUGAACAGAAAAUGGUAUCAAAUGAAUGAUGAAAGUUGUGGCCAACCACAUUCUCCAUCGCGUAUAAGACCAUAAACAGUGUGAGAAUUUGAUCUAAUUUGAUUGUCAUUGAAGAGCAAUAUGGAUAGUUACUACAAUUCUACUUUACCCCCAGAUGUCACUAUCCUCGGCCAAGUCUUCGGCGAUGAUGGCGACGACGACAACAACGAUGAGGUGAUCGGAUCUUCCUACAGCGUCCCUCUCCUGGUCGCUUACGUCACCUUUGCUCUCUUUGGAUGUAUCGGGAAUAUUCUCGUCAUCGGUGCCGUGUUCGUACACCACAAACUUCGUGUUCUUAGUAACACUUUCUUAGUCAAUCUCGCAGUCGCCGACCUCAGUGUGUCGGCAGUCAUCAACGGUUUCGGUAUCCUGGGACUUAUCAAUGUCCGAUUCUUUGAAGACAAGCCAGCUCUCUGUGAAAUCAUCGGCAUCGUAUGCGUGACAAGUUGUUGCGGAUCAUUAUGGAGCUUAGCAAGCAUCGCCAUCAAUCGGUACAUCGCCAUCUGUCAUCGAGAUCUUUACCGUCGCAUCUACACUCGACGGACCAUGCCCCUUCACCUCAUCCUCAUCUGGACUGUAUGUUUCCUCGCCGACAUCCCCAACCUCUUCGGCAUGGGCGAUCACGAGUUCGACCCGGUGCUCCUGGUCUGUACGUUCGACUACCGCGAGUCGUACAACUACAAUAUUUUCCUCUUCAUCUUGGCCUUUUGUCUCCCAAUGGUGUUCAUCUCGUUUAGUUAUGUAAAAAUCUUCAUCUACGCCAAGGGAAUCUCACGGGAGCUACGCAAUCUCCAAAUUGACAAGGAUAACGAAAAGAGCAAUAAGAAGCACUACAAGAUUCGUGUAACCGAUCGUCGUCUCCUUCGAACGAUCAUGAUGCUCGUCAUCUUCUUCAGUCUCAUGUGGGCCCCAUUCUCUUUGAUCGUGGUCAUAGACCGCGAUACUACCUUCCCACCUCUGGUCUAUAUCCUUGUCGCCAGUCUCUCUCAUACUAACUCCAGCAUCAACUGGCUUCUCUACUGCGCCACCAAUAAAAACUUCCGUGAGGGAUACAGGACCUUCAUCUGUAAGGUAUGCUUGUGUGGGAUGGUGAAAACCAAGAAGAACUUCAGUAUAGACAUGGGCAAGAUAAUGUUCAACCGCAGAACGAACAACGAAUCGAUGUCAAGAGAUAUGUCUCGAACAGGAGGUCAGCGAACCACCGAAGAUCAACUCUAGAAUGAAAAGAGGAAAAGAGAUCAAGAUAUGACUGUAAAGAGUUGAGAGGAAAGGAGAGAAGGAAUGGAAAACAGCAGAGAUUCCAUGCAUGGAUUUAAAAAACGACACUUUAUCAAUGAUCAUACUUCAUUCGAGUCGAUUGCUGGUCAAUUUGAUCAAUUUGUUCAAUGUACAUUAUUAUAUAGCUUAUCUACCUUUUAGUGCUUUGAAAUAUUUUACAAUAAAUUUUUCGCGUAAUUUUGGCAGAAUUUUUUUUCAGAUAAUUUGCUACUUAAUAGAAAAAUACUUAACCAUUUUCAUGAUGUUCCAAUUUCAUAUUAAAGUUUUUUAAUUUUAAUUUUAUUAUACAUUAAUCUAAUUUCGCUUUAGCAUGUGACUAUGUCUUUUUUGUGAAGCAUUUGACUCAUAUUCAACAUAAUAGACUUUUCCAUAAAUACAGAUUCUCGAGUGGAA